UCUAUCGAAUUAUGGGAUGUUAAGAUAGGUUAUUAAAAAGCCAAAUUAGAUGGUCUUUCUCGAACAGUUAAUUCAAUUUGCUACACUCUUCUGAUGGAAAUACUUUAGCUUCUGGUAAUGAGGAUAAGUCUAUCCGCUUAUGGCAAGUUGAGACAGGAUAAUGAAAAGCCAAAUUAGAAGGUCAUUCAAGUGCAGUUAAUUCAUUUGUUACUCUCCUAAUGGAAAUACAUUAGCAUCUUGUAAUCAUGAUAA